AGACACCAUAACAGCGGCUAGCUCCCCCCGGCUGCUAGUUUCGGCAAUGUUGUUACUAUCAGAAUGAUAUCACAGCGGGAGAGAGGAGAACUCGCUCGGUUUUAUACUGUCACUGAUCCUACAAAGCACCAGAAAGGCUACACUGUAUACAAAGUCACUGCACGAAUCAUCUCCAGAAAGAACCCAGAAGAUGUCCAAGAGAUAACGGUAUGGAAGAGAUAUAGUGAUUUCCGGAAGCUCCAUCAGAAUCUCUGGCAGCUGCACAAUAGUGCAUGUAGCCAGUCGGAGCUGUUUCCUCACUUCCCUAAGGCCAAAGUCUUUGGUCGAUUUGGUGAUUCUGUGAUAGAGGAAAGAAGACAGUGCUCUGAGGAUCUUCUACAGUUCUCUGCAAACAUCCCUGCUCUGUAUAACAGUCAGCACAUUCAAGAUUUCUUUCAGGGAGGUGAGGUUCACGACGGCUCCGAGCUCAUUGGACCACCUGAGCCCUUUUCUGACUUCCUGGCUGACAGUUUAUCUGAUUGUAGUUCUGAUGUUCAGAGAGACGUUAGCGGUGCAGAGGAUCUGACUAUCACAUCUGACUAUGGAGGCCCAUCCAGUGACAGCGACCUGACCUCUCUGGCAGUGGAUGCAGACUCUUUAGCCGGGUUGGAUGAUGGCAUGGCCUCAGGUCGCACCUCCCCAAACCACUCACACGGGGGAGCCACCAAUAUUAGCAUCAGCUGCAGCCCUCGCUUGCCAUCCUUGCGUGAACGCCGCACCCCACCACCUGCCCCCGCCCCUGCCUCCUCAGCCCCUAACCCAGAAGUCAGCUGGCCAGGUCGAACAUCGCUGCUGUCCAGUGGUCUGAGAAGAGCCAGCGGUGGCAGCGCCAAAGACUUGAAGUCAGACUACCUAGAAAAAGCCAGUGAGCUCAUCGGUUUUGCAGUAGAAAAGGAAAAAGUGCAGGACUACCAGGCAGCUUUUACGUACUACCGCAGUGGGGUCGACCUGCUGCUGCAAGGAGUACAAGGUGAACCAAGUGCAGCCCGCCGAGAGGCGGUGAAGAAGAAGACGGCCGAGUAUUUGAUGCGUGCCGAGCAAAUAUCAAGUCAGCAUCUGAGAAGCAACAUGGGUCAAGGAUCAACACAAACUGUGGCCUUUGGGUCUCAGUGCUGCUCAUCUACGAGCAGAGGAGGGCAGCAGAGUCCGUUUGAUGAGCUGAUGGCUUACAGGGUGAUAGGAGUCAUAGAUAAGGUUCUUCUGGUCAUGGACAAGAGAACACAGGAGACGUUCAUCCUCAAGGGUUUGAGGAAAAGCAGCGACUGUGGGCAGGUUAAGAAGAACAUCAUGCCUCACUUGGUGCCCCACAUGGUGCAGCUGAGAAAGUUCCUCAUCUCUGAAGACUCCAUUUUCCUCUUGCUGCAGUAUGCUGAAGGUGGGAAGCUGUGGUCUCACAUUGGAAAAUACCUCCAUAAUUCCAGCCCAGAUGAGAGCUUUGACAUCCCUUUCAUCCAGAAGAGUCACACAACAGCUGUGCAUUCACCACAACAUGUAACGGCACAGGUAGAUGUUGGUUCCGCCAGUUGUGAUUCAGAGACCAAUGCUGGUUCAGAUUCUGCCUUGGGCCUCCAGAAGGAAGAAGAAACCCCCUACGUGCCGUCUCUCAAAAGGACCCUCCCUGCAGGGCUUAUUGAACAAAGUGGAGGCCAGUCGGACUCGGGAGCUACCUCUGAAGAGGAGUGCACCAACAGUUAUCUGAAUCUGUGCAACGAGUAUGAACAAGAGAAAGUAGAACCUGAUGCUCUAGAGGAAGAAGACAAGAAAAGCGAGCAGGAGAUGCUUUCAAUAGAUGGUCCAACUGCAACAGCCACCACGUCAUCACGCAGCCGCUCAGUUCUUAGCAACGAUAGCCUCUCUUCACCGCUGAGUUCUCAGGAACUGGGCUUCUUCUCGGAUUUGCCUGAGACAAGUGGACACACGCUUGAUGAUGACCUGGGUAAAGAGGAGCCCGACCAUAGAGAAGUCUUUAGCCCUUCUCGUUCCCCUGCUGCACCUCUCUCUUUGGAUCAGUCCAAGCACACACCCAUGCAGUUUUUCCGUAUCGACAGCAAAGACAGCGCGAGUGAGGUGGUCUGCCUUGACUCAGGAGAGCAGCGACCUUCUCAUAUGCAAGUCCAUGUGUUUUCUACAUCCAUUCUGGGUUCUGGUGGCACUGAAGAGCCUCCUGAGCUGGCUCAGGAGGUGAACGGCCAGAGCUUGGAGUUUUGGGGGUUGGGCACUAGUGAUGGAGACUCUAAUGAGUCAGUGCCUGUAAUUUCAUUUCAAGAGGCAGCAGUCGAGGAUGAGGGUCACCCUCCAGACCUGCUGGUUAAUCUUCCUGCAAUAAGUGGGACUGAAGACCCUUCAAAGAAGGAAAAAGAACCUUUAAGAGUUUGUUCGGGCCUGGAGGUGGCAUCCUCUUCCCAAAAGUGCUUCCAGCCUGAUGUUUUACAGCUUCAUAACCAGCCUGAGCAACCAGAGGAGCGGCCUCUGGACCAAGAGCUGUCAUCUUUCUGUACAACCUUUAUGACGUGUGAUACUAGUGUUGCAUCAGCUUCUCCUUUCAACUCGUUAUGGGACAACAGCUCCAUGGGUGAACAGGAAGACUCUUCCAAAGCCCCUGUCCUUUCUGAAUGCCCAAACAAUGACUUUCUGCUCAACACCGACAUUGUGAACCCCGAUUCUGAUGAUGAGAAACUAAAGCCUUGCACAAGAUUAAACACAGACUCGAUUCCAGACCUCAGUGAGAAUAGCACAGUCCCUGUCCCGGCCUUCAAAGGGACACAGACACGUGCAGUUGUUGAGGGUUUAUUAGGUCUCGAUGGUGAAUCAUCAGGAGUUAUUAGCACUACAGGUGGCAGUGAAUUUGAUAAAGAAGUGUCGCGGCUGUUUGCAGAGCUGGACAAUCUGUCAUUGGCUGCUUCCCAAGCUCGAAUCCCGGAGGAGUUUGUUCAACGCUGGGCAGUGGAGAUGGUGAAGGCCUUGGAUCACCUCCACCAACAGGGCAUCAUCUGCCGGGACCUGAAUCCUAAUAACAUCCUGCUUGACCACCAAGGUCAUGUUCAGCUCACCUACUUUUGUAGCUGGUGUGACGUGGAAGAGUCCUGUGACAAAGAGGCCGUUACUAAUAUGUACUGUGCACCAGAGGUGGGAGGUAUAAGUGAGGAGACGACAUCGUGUGAUUGGUGGAGUUUGGGCGCCGUCCUUUUUGAGCUCCUGACCGGCGCGUCUCUAGCUCGCUGCCAUCCAGCGGGAAUCAGCCGUCACACGACUCUCAACAUCCCCGAGUCUGUUUCAGAGGAGGCCAGAUCGCUGCUGGAGCAGCUUCUCCAGUACAACCCAACAGAGAGACUGGGAGCGGGCGCUGGAGGAGUCGAUGAUAUCAAAUCUCACCCCUUCUUUGCUAGAGUGGUCUGGUCCAACUAGAUGACGCUUAACAGGGAACGGCGAAAACCAGUGGUGCAUGAUGGGAAACCGGAUUUCCUGAAUGUGCUCCCAUCCAGAUGGACAGAAAAAUCAAAACAUGCAUUUAGCCUCAUUGUUCAAAUCACAUGUGCUUGGAUUUUAUACCAGUAAAGCUGCACUGGGGACACUAUUUACUGGUGUGAGCGAUGAUCCACUACUUCACUUUUUCAUGCAGACAUCUGUCUCCUCAAGUCUCCACUGAUUCAUCAAGUGCUGCAACACACCCAGCGAUACAGGCGUAACGCAUCUGUCCUUAAAGGGAUAUUUCAAACGUUUUACAGUGCGUUUCUGUUGUAAAAGCUAUAAAUGUCUUUGCAGAACUUGAGUCAUGGACUUGGACAGAAACAUACCUUCAAUAUGGCUGAAAUGCUCUUAAAGGAUUGCGGUUUAUUUGAUUACUUUCCUCUGUGAAGCUCGUCUCCCGUCAUGGAUUCACUGACAUGUAAAAAUGCAUUUUUCUGAUCUAUAAACUGACAUUUAAUGUCGUUGCGAACCAGCCUAUGAACUGCAGCAGAAACGGACACUAUGCAACGAUAUCUGAACAAAAUACUAAGAGGUAAUAAAUAGAUGCCGACUUUAGUCCUGGUGAGGUUUGAUUGUUUUAUUGCAGGGAAAAUGCUCAGGUGACGACUCGGUUUAAGCACUUCCUGUGUGUUUUAUUCAAGUGAAAAAGAACGAGGCCACAUCUAAGUUUCUAAAUCGCCCUUUUACAUUUUGAUAUUUUUAGAACAUGAGAGGAAACGAUCUGCCCUGCGUUUUGUUCAUGAAGGAUUGUGAUUUGUGUAAUCUAUUUAAUAUGAGGAUGAACGGGCAUAAAAAACGUACAGGUAUUUUUAAGGGUGUUGAUGCAAAUUUAUGCCCAGGUGUCAAACUUGUUCUGUGUUCUCCUGCUGGAACACUUCUGCCACACGGAUCUGAAGCUGAUGUUCUGUGACUGGUUUACAUUUUUAUGGUUGCAGUCCUCGCCGCGCGUCACUUCCUGCAUCUUUAUUGGAGGAUUCUGAGAAGUCUGGGAGUAUUUUAAGCACGAUGCUAAACACGACGUAAGCUACAGCUGGUUCUCAUAGCAGGUUUUAUUUGUAAGUCUGUGGAGCUUCUUCUUGUCUUUGUUGUGUCAGUGCACUUUGAAAAACAAUAAACACCUGGAAGACCA